AUUCUCGGUACCGUGAAUUUGUUUGGGCGCAAUUCCCAAACUUUUUCCAAAGCUCAGAUGUGACCAUGCUAUCAGAGCGCUGAUUAGGGCGGGGCGGGCCGCGGAAAGGGAUUUGUUUCACAAGAGCAGUGUGUUCCAACCGACAGGGCUAGGGAAUCACAGAAGUUUUGAGAUGGGCACUCUGGCUGAGAGGCCUUCCGGGCCAAGCAAGCAUUCCGCUUCAGAAGACGAGAAGCUUCCGACAGAGAACGCCUCGGAAGUUUGCGGUCAGGAGAGCGACACUCAAAUGGGUGGUGUAAGGAAACCGGCUGCAACGGGAGAACCAAACCCCGAAAGUCUUAAAAUUCCAGCUCUGGGGAGAGAGACAGAGGGGGCACUGGAAUUAGAAGGUGUGAAUGCACGCAGGAAUGGAGAGGUGUCUGAUCGAGACACUGCGGAAAUUUCCGGUGAGUUCAUGAACAGAGUGGACGGCGACACGGCUACAGCGAACAUAGUAAGUGAAGAAGGCACCAAAGAAAGAGGCCAAGAUGGGGGGACGUCAUGUGAAAGUGAUAUGCACGAAGCGGGUGUGAUUGACAGGGAGCGCAAUGAGAGCAACCGGGGCGAGGUGAGCCGGCGGGAUGAUCCUGCGACAAACACGCGGAGAGAGCGAAACAAUAGGUCGGUGCGUGGAGGAGCGGAGAGUUCCGACUGGCGCCGGGGGAAACGGGAGAGGUCCGGCGCUGAGAGGGAUCCCCGCAGUUCGAGCCCAGCGGAGGACGAUGAGAGGGGUCGCAAGCGGCGGAAAAGUGGAGACCUGCCUCUAUCCCCCGCUGAAACGAAGUUUCGAAUGGGCGCACGGGAAGGGAGGGGCAGUCCCCGUUUCGAGCCCGACCGGCGAAGAGCGAGGUACCAGCCCCCUCGGACCCCGAGUGAAGAAGACCAGAGGGCGACGCUGUAUGUGGGGGACAUUGAGGCGCACACGAGCAAGUGGGACUUGCGGAGGACGUUUGAGCGGUUUGGAGACGUCAAGGAAGCCAAGAUGAUCACGGGCCAGUGCUACGGGUUCGUUACGUUCAGAUCGCGACCAGAUGCGGAGACGGCCCUUCAGUCAGCGGACAGCAUCGACAUUCUGGGGCGCAAGCCGUACAUGUCGUUGGCUCAGGGCGCCAUGCCCGCCUGGAAGAUCGGCGUCGGUGGUUUCGUCGUUGACCCUCAAGCGGGGAUUAUUGACAAGAGGGAUGCGCUCAGCAAGGCGGCCGAAGUGGCCGCUGCCACCGCCGCGGCCGUUCUGGCAAAGCAGAAGACAGAAGCAGAGAGGCAAGGGAGGGGACCGGCAGGGGGCCGAAGCAUCGUCGCAUAUGAUGACCUCUUCUGAAUUGGACACUGGAUUAUACACGAGGUUCGAUACUUGUACAUGUUAGGCGACUCGGUCUUCCAUCGCGGAGGCCUUGUCAACCGGACCUAGAUGGUAGAUUGCAUCAAGCGCCGAGGGUGACCUUACUUGCCUGGUAUUGGUAGCAUGCGAGAUGACCAGAUCAUGCCCUCUGAGUCGAACGGAUUGUCGUCGAUCAAUGGGCGGUUCGGAUUUGGCAGUCAACGUGAAGAACAUGCAGAAGGUAUGCGCUGCGCACCACACUAAAUCUUGACCGGUU